UGGGGUGCGUGGGGGUGGCUCCACCUGUUGCUCUGCCCCGUAGUGCUGGAAGGACACAGCCCCUCUCCAUUGUCAUCACACCGACUCGAGCUGCUAUAUUUAAGCCUGUGCGGGCUGCAGGCCCGCGUUCUCCUCCCAGUCCCCACCGAGCCGAGGACAAGAAGACACCAGGAGCCUCUCACCCGCUGGACUCCACCCCCCCACCGGAGACUUCCAAGUGGGCACAGCUACCUCUGUUGUCUCGCAGCCAUGACUCUGCCGCACAACCCCGCCAGUGUGGGGGAGCCCCGGCCCGCCCAGGUGGUGGAGGUGCACAGGCGGGAGCACCGGCAGGAGGAGGAGCGGAAGGAGCAGCGGCAGCACAGCCUGCACAUGGGCUCCUCCGUGCGGAGACACACCUUCCGCAGCAGUGAGGAGGAGCAUCAGUUCAGCGCCGCCGACUACGCCCUGGCAGCAGCCCUGGCCCUGACGGCCUCCAAGGAGGUGUCUUGGGAGGCCCAGCUGCGUCGCCAGGCCUCGGCCGUGGAGCUGGAGGAGCGCGGGCAGAAGCGUGUGGGCUUCGGGAACGACUGGGAGAGGACCGAGGUGGCCUUUCUGCACACGCACCGCCUGCUGCGCCAGAGACGCGACCGCCACGCGCUGCGCCGGCGGACGGAGGAGAAGGUCCGGGAAGCCAAGGAGCUGCUGGAGCUGUGUUCGGGCCGGGGGCCCUGGUUCUGGAUCCCGCUGCGCUCGCACGCCGUGUGGGAGCACACCACGGUCCUGCUCACCUGCACCGUGCAGGCCUCGCCGCCGCCCCAGGUGGCCUGGUACAAGAAUGACGUGCGCCUCGACCCCCGCCUCUUUCCCGCCGGCAAGUACCGAAUCACCAACAACUACGGGCUGCUGACCCUGGAGAUUAGGAGGUGCACCGCUGAGGACUCGGCCACUUACACGGUGAAAGUGAAGAACGCCUACGGCCAGGCAUCCUCCUUCGCCAAGGUCCUCGUCCGCACGUAUCUGGGGAAGGAGGCUGGCUUUGACUCGGAGCUCUUCAGACGAUCCAUGUUUGGCCGUGACGUGGAGUUCACAUCGGUGCUGAAGCCUGUGUUUGCCCGUGAGAAGGAGCCCUUCUCCCUGUCCUGCCUGCUGUCCGAGGACGUGCUGGACGCCGAGCAGAACAUCCUGUGGUUCCAAGAUGGGAGGCUGCUGAGGUCCCUGGGCCGCUGGCAGAUCCUGUACGCCGACCGUCAGGCGUCCCUGCGGGUGUCCUGCGCCUACAAGGAGGACGAGGGGCUCUACGUGGUGCAGGUGCCCUCGCCCUCCGGGCCCCGGCAGCAGAGCGCCUACGUGUUCGUGCGAGAUGCGGCCGCGGAGAAUCCCGGAGCCCCAGGUUCCCCGCUGAAUGUCCAGUGCCUGGAUGUGAACAGAGACUGCCUGAUCCUGACCUGGGCCCCGCCCAGUGACACCCGCGGCAGCCCCAUCACCGGCUACUCCAUCGAGCGGUGCCAGGGCGACUCCGGGGAAUGGGUGCCCUGCCACGAGGCCCCCGGGGGGACCUGUCGGUGCCCAAUCCAAGGCCUCGUCGAAGGCCAGAGCUACAGGUUCCGGGUGAGAGCCAUCAACAAGGCGGGCAGCAGCCUCCCCUCCAAGGCCUCAGCAGCCGUUGUCAUGGGUGACCAUGAGGCAGCCCGGAGGAAGACAGAGAUCCCAUUUGGCCUGGGGAAGAAGAUCACCAUCAGUGAAGAGGAUUUUGAAGACACCGUGACCAUCCCUGGAUCGCCCACCAACGUGCACGCCAGUGAGAUCCGGGACGCCUACGUGGUUCUGGCCUGGGACGAGCCGAGGCCCCGAGGCAAAGCCCCGUUGACGUACUUCCUGGAGAAGUCGGUCAUAGGCAGCGGCAUGUGGGAGGCCAUCAGCUCUGAGGCGCCCGUGAAGUCCCCAAGGUUUGCCCUCCUAGACCUGGAGAAGGGGAAGUCCUACGUAUUCCGCGUGCGGGCCAUGAACCAGCAUGGCGUGAGCGAGCCCUCGGAGCCCAGCGAGCCCAUCGCCUUGAGGGGCCAGCCAGCGACGCUCCCUCCCCCAGCUCAAGUUCAAGCUUUCCGAGACACGCAGACUUCCAUCUCCCUGACCUGGGAGCCCGUGGACGCUGGCCCCGAGCUCCUGGGCUACUACAUCUACUCCCGGGAGGUGGGGUCGACGGAGUGGCAGACCGUCAACAACAAGCCCAUCCAGGGCAGCAGGUUCUCGGUUCCCGGGCUGAGGACCGGGAGGGAGUACGAGUUCUGCAUCAGGUCCGUCAGCGAGGCCGGGGUGGGCGAGAGCUCGGCCGUCACGGAACCCAUCAGGGUCAAGCAGGCUCUGGCCACCCCAUCUGCCCCAUACGACUUCGCCCUCCUGAGCUGCGGGAAGAACGAGAUGGUCAUCGGGUGGAAACCCCCUAAGCGUCGUGGAGGCGGCAAGAUCCUGGGCUACUUCCUGGACCAGCACGACUCGGAGGAGCUGGACUGGCACCCGGUCAACCAGCAGCCCGUCCCCAGCCGCGUGUGCAAGGUCAGUGACCUCCACGAGGGCCACUUCUAUGAGUUCCGGGCCCGGGCGGUCAACUGGGCAGGCGUUGGUGACCUGUCGGCACCCAGCAGCCUGUUUGAGUGCAAAGAGUGGACGAUGCCCCAGCCAGGGCCGCCAUAUGAUGUGCGGGUGUCCGAGGUGCGGGCCACCUCCCUGAUGCUGCAGUGGGAGCCCCCGCUGUACACGGGAGCUGGACCGGUCACAGGCUACCAAGUCAGCUUCCAGGAAGACGGCUCUGAGCAGUGGAAGAUGGCCACCCCAGGCCCUGUCCCCAGUACCCACCUGAGGGUGUCUGACUUGCAGCAAGGAAAGAGUUACGUGUUCCAGGUGCAGGCCAUCAAUUCAGCGGGUCUGGGGCAGCCGUCGAUGCCCACCGACCCCGUGCUCCUGGAGGAGAAGCCAGAUGCCCGGGAGAUCGAGGUCGGCGUGGACGAAGAGGGCUUUAUCUACUUGGCUUUCGAAGCCCCUGAGGCCCCCGACUCCUCGGAGUUUCAGUGGUCCAAAGACUACAAGGGUCCUCCGGACCCCCAGAGGGUCAAGGUCGAGGACGGAGUUAACAAGUCCAAGAUCAUCCUGAAGGAACCGGGUCUCGAGGACCUGGGCACCUACUCGGUGGUGGUCACCGAUGCUGACGAAGACAUCUCUGCGAGCCACACGCUGACCGAGGAAGAGCUGAACAGGCUAAAGAAGCUGAGCCACGAGAUCAGGAACCCUGUGAUCAAACUGAUCUCGGGCUGGAACGUGGACAUCCUGGAGAAGGGAGAGGUGCGGCUGUGGCUGGAGGUGGAGAAGUUAUCACCGGCCGCCCAGCUGCACCUCAUCUUCAACGAGAAAGAGAUCUUCAGCUCACCGAACCGCAAGAUCAAUUUUGAGCGGGAGAAGGGGCUGGUGGAAGUGAUCAUUCAGAACCUGUCUGAGGAGGACAGAGGGUCGUACACCGCUCAGCUCCAAGACGGCAAAGCCAAAAACCAGAUCACCCUGGCGCUGGUGGACGACGAGUUCGACAAGCUCCUGAGGAAGGCAGAUGCCAAGCGGAGAGACUGGAAGAGAAAGCAGGGUCCCUAUUUCGAGGAACCUCUGCAGUGGAAGGUCACCGAGGACUGCCAAGUGCUGCUGACCUGCAAGGCCACCAACACCAAGAAGGAGACUCGCUUCCAGUGGCUCUUCCGGAAGAGGGAGGCCCCCGAUGGUCAGUACGACCCGCAGACCGGGAAGGCCGUUCUGUGCAUUGAAGAGCUGUCCAGAGAGGACCGGGGAGUUUACAGAGCCGUGGUCGCCGAUGACCGAGGCGAGGACGACACCAUCCUGGACCUCAUGGAUGAAGCCCUGGACGCUAUCUUCACGGAGCUGGGCAGGAUCGGUGCCCUCUCUGCAACCCCACUGAAAAUCCAGGGGACCGAAGAGGGGAUCCGGAUCUUCAGCAAGGUCAAGUACUACAACGUGGAGUACAUGAAGACCACCUGGUUCCACAAAGACAAACGCCUGGAGACCGGCGACCGGCUGCGGGCAGGCACCACCCUGGAUGAGAUCUGGCUGCACAUCCUGGACCCCAAAGACUCGGACAAGGGCAAGUACACCCUGGAGAUAGCCGCCGGGAAGGAAGCGCGGCAGCUCUCGGUGGACCUCUCGGGGCAAGCUUUUGAGGACGCCCUGGCUGAACACCAGAGACUGAAAGCCUUGGCCAUCAUCGAGAAGAAUCGUGCCAAAGUGGUCAGGGGCCUGCCGGACGUGGCCACCAUCAUGGAGGAUAAGACCCUAUGCCUGACCUGCGUCAUCUCAGGAGACCCCGCCCCUGAAAUCUCCUGGCUGAAGAACGACCAGCCCGUCACCUUCCUGGACCGCUACCGCAUGGAGGUGAAGGGUUCGGAGGUCACCAUCACCAUCGAGAAGGUCAACAGCGAGGACAGCGGACGCUACGGGGUCUUCGUCAAGAACAAGUAUGGCUCCGAGACGGGCCAGGUCACCAUCAGCGUGUUCAAGCACGGAGAUGAGCCCACGGAGCUGAAGAGGAUGUGAGCGGCGCGUCAGGCAGGGCCCGGCCUUCUCUGCGUGGGCCAGCAGGGUCACAGCCGGGCACAGGCCAGGGGCGGGGCAGGAGGAAGCAGGAGAGCGUAGAACCAGGGCACGAGGGUGGGGGUGGAGUGGGCGUACCCAGAGGGGAAGCAAAGACUUUGCUGGGGUCCUGCGAGGCCUGCACUUGGGCUUGGAGACCCCUACACGCUGCAGAGCCUUGCCUUUUUCGCUGUCACAUGGGUGUUCCUGCCUCCAGGGACUGUUUGUAAGAACCUCUUGCAGAUGGUAGAGCAGUGACUCUCCAUACUAGCAGCAAUUCUGCUCUCGGGGGGACACCGCCAACAUCUUCUGGUGGUCACAGCUGGCGCGUCUCUUGGCAUCUCGUAGAGGCCAGGUGCUGCAAGACGCCACGGCUCCCCUCCCGCCCCCCCGGACUCAGCCUACCCUACCUGUCAGUUGUUCCCUGCAGUACCUGAUUAUGCAGCACUCCUCUUAGGAUGUUACGGUUUUGAGUCGCCUAAGUUCAGCUAACAGUCGUUUCAAGUCUAGCCUGUGCCAGGCUGAGGGUGCACUAGGAAUACAAAGAAAAUAGUAGGCAGGCUCUGCCCACAAGGAGGUCUCAGUUCAGGAGGAGACAGAUACCCAGUGCAGGUGACUCCAGGACCAGGCAGGAGAUGGUGCAAGUUAUAAAACAGGUCCGAGUAACGUGUUGUGGUGGUCAGAGGAGCAGACGACGGCUGUGCCAAUUGGGUGAGGUGAGGCUUCGAAACACCUUCCCGCGGUUGGCAGAGCUGCUGUUGGGCCCUGAAAAAUGAGUUCGACGUGGCAGUGGUAGAGGGAGAAGGACAUGGCAGGAGCAAGAGUGAGGCGGCGAGGGCGGCUGCCUGGGGAGGACCACUCCCAGCACGGGGCUCUGCCACUGGUUGGCUUUGCUCGGGGGGUCUCAGAGCUAGGCAUUUCCCUGCCCACCCCCACCCUCACCCCCAAAUUCCUUCCUUUUCAAAAUAAGAUGGGGAAAGGUUAUAAAAUUAGAAAUGUUGAUUGUAAAACUUUGAGAAGCUCUGGAAGUUAUGAAGCGGAAAAUAAAAGCCGUCGAUACGCCCGACACCAGGACAUAA